GCAGGAACGAGCAACGCGUCUCUUGCCGACCACAAAGUGCCGCGCGAUGUUCCCACCAAAAUCCGGACCAACUCCGCUUCCGAUCUCGAUAGCGCUGCCUGUUUCGGAUCGCAUGGCGGAUCAGGACGCGGUGCUGCCGGCUCCCCUGGCCGACAGCCUGGACUUGGACCUCGAUCUGAAUCUGAAUAUGAAUAUGAAUAUGAAUCUGAAUCUGCAUGUAGACGACAGGCGCCAGGUGCUCUUCGAGGGCUAUUCGGACGAGCUGCUGACCAUCGCCUGGGUGGCCUGCAUAGUGUUCAUCAUCGUGGGUGUUCCCGGAAACCUACUGACCAUCGUCGCCCUGUCGCGGGGUCGACAGACCCGCAACUCCACGGCCAUAUUCAUCAUCAAUUUGUCCUGCUCGGAUCUGCUCUUCGGCUGCUUCAAUCUGCCAUUGGCCGCCUCCACAUUCAAGGAGCGGGCGUGGACCCAUAGUGAUCUGCUGUGCAGGUUGUUUCCGAUGCUGCGGUACGGCCUGCUGGCGGUGUCACUGCUCUCCGUGUCGCUGAUCACCAUCAACCGGUACAUCAUUAUCGCCCAUCCCAGGCAGUAUCCAAGAAUCUACCAGCGACGGUAUUUGGCUUUGAUGGUAGCCGGCACAUGGGUCACCACGUUUUCCAUAAUGAUACCCACCUGGCGCGGCGUGUGGGGUAUCUUUGGCUUGGACGUCGACAUCGGAUCCUGUUCCAUCAUGCAUGAUCGGUAUGGCAGAUCCCCCAAGGAGUUCCUCUUCAUCGCCGCCUUCAUGGUGCCCUGCAUCUGCAUCGUGAUCUGUUAUGCCCGAAUCUUUCUGCUGGUGCGAAAGGCGGCCAUUCGCGCGGGAACCGCCGGCAAGAGCAAUGUCAGUGAUGUGACCCCCACCUCCACGACGCAGCAUCAGACUCAAGCCGUGGCCCUGCCAAAAAAGACGGAGAAGGCGAGCACGUCCAGCGGCGAGGCACACGAACCAAUCGCAGGGCGACCCUUUGUGGUGGAGGAGCACCUGGCGUAUAUCGAUGACAAUGCUUCGGCCGACAGUCUGCCGAUCUCGUACAGCAUAAGGAGAAGGGAUCAGGACCAGCAGCCACCGCCAGUUGAUGCCAAUGUGGUGCUCAAGGAGCGGGAGAAGGAAAGGGAUCGGGAUCAGGAAAAGGUCAGCCUGGGACGCAGUCAAACGCAACUAGAGAUGGGCAAAACCGCUGGAAAGAACCCCAUCACCACCUCCCUGCGCACCUCCUUCACUCGGUUCAGCCCACGGAAAUCACACUACGCCUCGAUGGGCAAUACCUCGAAUGCUUCCUCCAUUUACCCUGGUAGGAUGAGUGCCAAGGACCGGAGAUUGCUCAAGAUGAUACUGGUGAUCUUUGUGUGGUUUGUAAUCUGUUAUUUGCCCAUCACGGUGGCCAAAAUAUGGAAAAGCGCCACCGAGGUGCACUGGUUCAAUAUUGCCGGCUAUCUACUCAUCUACUUGACCACAUGCAUCAACCCGCUGAUCUACGUGCUGAUGAGCUCCGAAUACCGAAGGGCCUACUGGAAUCUGCUGCGCUGUCACGGCUCUCCAGAUUCCCAGAAGCAGCGGCAUCAGGCCAAUGCCAAGCGAAAGCACCUGGAGUCCAAUCGGCAGGUGAAGGCCACGACGUGACUCAAAAGAGAUGCAAAGGAUCCCUGCCUCAACACCUUCAUCGUCCUCCGUCCUAGCGGAAUAUGAUAUAUGUGUGCCAUAUGGUAAUAUGACGGGAGGAGUACCCUAAUGUCAUGUCUGAUGUCAUGAUCUGCGGUAAGAAACAAUCCCUUGAUCCCUUUGUCAGUGAUCGCAAAUGAUCGUGCCUCCAAAAGCGAUUUCUAGUCACACGAUCCGGCCGGGUCGUCCCAUCCACGCACACACGAAAACACAGAUCACCCAUAUAUAUCUAUAUCUGUAUCUGUAUCUAUAUCUGUAUCUAUAUCUAUAUCUAUAUAAUGUAGGAACUCCAGAAGUGUAUUGCAUUUUAUACCAAAUGACUUUAAUAUCUGGUUUACAUUUGAAUUCCAUGUUUAAGAACAAUCGAUGUUUGUUUAAAUUUUGUUUUUUUUUUGUUUUUUGCUUGCCGCUAAUUAUUGUACCAAUACAUAAUAGAUAUAUCCUUAUAUGGAUACGCCCUUUCUAUGCCCCCAAUAAAUGCUUCGAAUAAUUGAUAUAUGUA